CGAUUUCUCUGUUAGUAAAGGCAGUGUAGAGAGGAGAGAUACGGAUACGGUAUUAUUGUCGUCUCUCACCGAAGAGAGAGUGAAAUCUAAUAAAACGACAAAAAAGGAAGAGAGAGGAGAGGAAAAAAUGGAGAGCGAGGAAGCAACAGCAACAGCAGCAGCUAGCGGAGGAACUGUAGUAACAGCGUUGCCGAAGAAGAGAGGGCGGAAACCUAAGAGCAAGGAGGAUUCUCAGAGCGGGGGGAAGAUGAAGGAAAGCGGGAAGAAGACGAAGAAGGAGGAGGAGGAGCAGAGUGUGGACGAGAAGUACUCUAAGUGGAAAGGUCUCGUCCCCAUUCUCUACGACUGGCUCGCCAACCACAACCUCGUCUGGCCUUCCCUCUCCUGCAGAUGGGGUCCACAACUUGAUCAAGCAACCUACAAGAACCGCCAGCGUCUUUACCUGUCAGAGCAAACUGAUGGCACUGUACCCAACACUCUCGUCAUAGCCAACUGCGAAGUUGUUAAGCCACGAGUUGCUGCGGCUGAGCACAUUUCUCAGUUCAAUGAAGAAGCACGUUCUCCAUUUGUGAAGAAGUUCAAGACCAUCAUUCACCCUGGAGAGGUUAACAGAAUCAGGGAACUCCCACAAAACAGUAAGAUUAUUGCUACUCACACUGAUAGUCCUGAUGUUCUCAUUUGGGAUGUUGACACCCAACCAAACCGUCAUGCUGUCCUUGGUGCUGCGAAUUCCCGUCCUGAUUUGAUACUAACUGGACACCAAGACAAUGCUGAAUUUGCUCUUGCAAUGUGCCCAACCGAACCCUUUGUCCUCUCUGGGGGCAAGGACAAGUUAGUGGUUUUGUGGAGCAUCCAGGACCACAUCACAACGGUUGGCACUGAUUCCAAAUCAUCUGGAUCAAUCCUCAAACAGACUGGUGAUAAGAGUGAGAGUCCUUCUGUUGGCCCACGUGGUGUCUAUCAAGGCCAUGACGAUACGGUUGAAGAUGUCGCAUUCAGCCCGACUAGUGCACAAGAAUUCUGCAGUGUUGGUGACGACUCUUGCCUUAUACUGUGGGAUGCAAGAACUGGCACUAGCCCUGUCACGAAGGUUGAAAAGGCGCAUGAUGCUGAUGUUCAUUGUGUUGAUUGGAAUCCUCAUGACGACAAUCUCAUCCUGACAGGGUCAGCAGACAACACUGUCCGGUUAUAUGAUCGUAGGAAACUUACCUCAAAUGGAGUUGGUACGCCUAUUUACAAAUUUGAGGGCCACAAAGCUGCGGUUCUUUGCGUUCAGUGGUCUCCUGAUAAGGCAUCCUGUUUUGGGAGUUCCGCAGAAGAUGGUCUCUUGAACAUCUGGGAUUAUGACAGGGUCAGUAAGAAGUCUGAUCGUGCAGCUAAAAACCCUGCGGGGCUCUUCUUCCAGCAUGCUGGUCACAGGGACAAAGUUGUUGAUUUCCACUGGAACGCGGAGGACCCGUGGACUAUUGUCAGUGUUUCUGAUGACUGUGAGACUACUGGUGGAGGUGGAACAUUACAGAUAUGGCGGAUGAGUGACUUGAUUUACAGACCGGAAGAGGAAGUUGUGACAGAAUUGGAGAAGUUCAAGUCGCAUGUCAUGACAUGUGCCUCCAAGCCUUGACUGGGUUCAAAGAAAUAAGAGAAAACCCCUUUCUAUCUAUCUAUCGCCUGUAUGGUAAAACUAAUGCGGUUUAGUUGUGGGUUUAGCGGGUAAACUUGGUUUUUGUCAAAACGCUGGUUCGUCUUUUGAGAUAUUACUAGAUUUUAGGACCUUUCCAAAAUCGUUUUUAGGGGUACAUGGUCUUUUGGUUCUUGAUCCCGGUUUCCUCCAGACUCUUGAAAGUUCUAUUUUGUUUAACUUAGAUCUUAACGGAAUUAAAAAGUCUGUUGGUUUGA